UAGAAAGACACCUGGAAAGAAAUCACAACAAUGAAUAUUUAAAUUAUUUAAAUGAAAAAACCAAAUAUCAGGAAUUGUUAAUGGCAAAAAAACCUAAAAUUAAUAUAGAAACCUUUUUUCCAAAAAAGCAUAUAAGUAUAAAUAUAUCAUCUAAUGAUUUGAUGAGUUCUAUACUAGAACUUGUUACUGUAAAUGGCCGGCCUUUAUCAAUUAUUGAAGAUUCGGGAUUUCAAAGAAUUAUAAAUCCACUCCUAUCUGGGCUCAAUUUAGUUAUAAACAAAGAAAAUUUAUCCAGAACUAUUAAUAAAACAGCCCAAUCAAUUAGAGACAAAAUAUCGAGAGAGGUAGAAGGAAAAUUAAUAAGUUUAAAAGUUGAUGCAGUUCAACGACUAGAUAGGUCAAUUCUUGGUGUAAAUAUUCAAUUUAUAUCAAAGUCCAUUAUAAAUUUGAGGACUCUUGGAAUUGUAGAGCUGAAAGAGAGAUGUACAGGAGAAUAUAUAAAAGAGAAUAUAUUAAAAACUUUACUAAAAUUUAAAAUUAAUAUUCAACAAAUAUACACAAUUACUUCUGAUAAUGGUUGUAAUUUUUUAAGAGCUAUAAAGCUCCUGCAAUCUGAAACUGAUUAUGAUAUAAGGAGUGAAUCAGCAGAUGAGGAAAAUAUGGAUGUAAAUGUAUAUAAAUAUGAUAUUGAUGAUAUACAAAAUACUUUUUUAUCAACUAUUAUAUCCUAUCCGAUUUAUAGUGUACGGUGUGCAGCUCACACACUUCAGCUGGCACUUCAAGAUGCUAUAAAAUUAUCACCUAUUGUGGAAACCAUUGCAAAAGCUAGGAGCCUAAAUUUAAAAUUAAGACAUCCCACUUACCAAAAGUUAUUAAAAAAUAUGAAACUCCCUAAGCCUGUGUUAGAUUGCCACAGAUGGCAUUCAACCCAUGAUAUGUUAGAAAGGCUGAUUUUACUAAAACCCAAUAUCGAAGAUUUUUUUACAGAGCAAUCUGAUUAUUUAUUGACUGAAGAUUGGAAAGAGAUAAUAACGAUUGUUGAAAUUUUAAAACCGCUAAAAAUCGCAACCAAACAAUUCCAAUCUGAACAGUUAACACUGACAGAUUUUUAUGCAGCAUGGUUAAGAUGCUGCAUCGAACUGGAAAAAAAUCCAAACCAUUUUGCUCAAUUACUAUAGUCUUGUCUUAAAAACAGAGAAGAAAGGUUUAUAAAGAACGAAAUUCUCUUAGCUGCCAUAUACCUGGACCCAAGAUACAAGGUAUUACUUAGUGAUGAUGAUAAGAUUUGUGCGAAAAAACAUCUUGUCAAUUUAUGGAGACGAAUUAAAAGCUUAACAACGCCGAUUUUAUCUGAUGAUAUUAGUUCCGAUGAAGUUAUUGAACAAGAAGAUGAUUUAGAGAAAUUGAUACAACUUAAAGAAAGGCAGGAGAAAAUAUUUAAAAGAGGGCCAACGAUUGCUGAGAAAAGUAUUGGAACAAUAAUUACUGGAUUUAGCGAUUAUAAAAGAUUAGAUAAGAAGGAAAAUAUUUUGCAUUUUUGGGAGUCUGCUAAGCUGGAACACCCUGAAUUAUAUAUUUUAUCUAAAAUCUUAUUUGCUGUUCCUGCAACCC